AGCGCAUUCUACACAUUCACAUCUCGGACAACAUUCUACGGGCUGGUGCACACAUUUCUGCACCCUUUCCACCAUGUUCUCGGUCGACUUCAAGUCUCUCUUGGCUCCGCUCCUUUAUGUUAUAAUUGUCUUCGGUGGACUAUACGUGUUCAGCACCCUGUACAAACGUUACUACGCGAACCAAAUAAUCGAACCUUACUUUCCUCGUCACAAGGAACGCGAUAUCUAUGUUUCUCUUUUGCAACAUUCAGAUCCGCCUGCUCCUGAGCAACUGCUCAAAGCCGCUCUCGUGCGACGCGCCAUGACCGACGUCCAACGAAUUAUCCGAAUCCGAGAAGACAAACCCGUUAUUCAAGCACUUACCCAGAAAGGAUCAUUAGGAGAUGACCUUAUGACAAGUGUACAAGCAGCAGAAAAGGAGCUUGAGGCGGAGAUUUUGGAAGUCGCCCAAGAAGCCAAUUCAUACGUGGAGGGAUGGGGUCAAAUCAUCUUCCAAACAGCAACCGAGAUGCUGCAAAACGAGAAGAUGCGUGGAAUGUUAGAACAGAUGCAGAUUUCUAGAGCGGAAAAAGCAAAAAAAUACCCUGUAAAGCAUGUUGUAAGGCCAUCGCCAGUAACUGGCUCGUCCGCAGCAUCCGUUCCUCCGACUCCCUCAUCCGCCAAAUCCACGAACGGUCUUGCACCUCCAACAACAGGCACAGAGAGCGUAGCGUCGAGCGAUGGUGAAGGUCCAGCCACUCCAUCCACCCCUAGAACGCCGAAGUCAGCGAAGAAAACGAAGAAGCGGAAAUAGCUCCUUCACUUACUGUACAUUCGGUUUCUUUUGUAGUAGUUCUUUCAUUGAUGUCACGGGUUUGCCGAAGCGAUCUACAGUGCUCGUCCGAGAGAAUAAGAGCUAGCUAUUCGAGAAGCAUAACAACAAACAAAUGGAUACAAAGUACAAUGGCAUAACAGAACACAGUACGUCACCGAUUUAUCAGGCGGGGUGCGUCAAGUGGAAUGCAGGUGAGGACAGGUGGAGGGACUGAUUACGCCACUGCAUUCAUCCGUCAUGUAGUAAAGUAAGAGAUAGGAAAAAAGAGAACAGGAAUGGUACAGGGCUUCCUUGCCUUGCGAGAUUUACCCUCUAAUUACAAUAGCCUUCUCACCUGCACCUACCCGAGUUUUC